AUGAUUUGGCGACUAUUUUCUAUAUUUUGCUUAUUGUUUCACCAUGCUCAAGGAAAUCUGCUGAUCAAGGGGAUCACAACUGAGACAUUGGAGCUGAACAUUAACCAGUAUCAAUUGAUCGGCAUCCCACAAGCAUCUCUAAAUCAAACCGAACUCGAGAUCACUUUUGAUUGCGCGCACGAUAUCGACUUGGAGUUCACCGCUCAAUUCGCGAUUCGAAGCUCUCCCUGCAACAAAGAGUUCUUCAACACAAAGAAUUCUGAGCGCUUGAAGGAAUUGCUGCAAUUCUACUUUGAUCAAGAGGACAAGAUUCCCGCUGAAUAUGACUACAAGCAAAUUGUUUACUACAAGUCCAUGGAGAAAAUAUUCACUUGUAAGGAUGCUCAUGGACGGAUGGUUUUUACUGAUGAAGGUCUUCCCGCUCAACCACAACCCCAUCAAGUGGUUGGCGUUACUCCUUAUGUGAACGGCAAACGAACGAAGAGAGACAUCUAUUCGGGGUUGAAUGGAGACACGGUUGAUGGUGGAACAUCGAGGUCUUUGAGCACCUGGCAUCCGGCAGUGAGACUUCCAAUCGACGCUAUUUACUUUGCUAUUGUCAAGUUCCAGUUGACCCAGAACUCAAAAGUGAAGACAGGAAAUGUUACGGUUAUUACAAAGUGGAGAGGUCCCUAUGGAUUCUUGUCCGCCAUCGACUACCCAUUACUCGGAUUCUACGCUUUUAUGUGCCUCUUCUACGGAAUUCUGUCAAUGGUUUGGCUAAUUCUCUGCAUUCGGCACUUCAAGGACAUCCUGAAGAUUCAAUAUUGGAUUGGAGGUGUGAUCAUUUUGGGAAUGGUCGAGAAGGCGAUGUUCUACUCGGAGUACUCAACGAUGAAUAAUUAUGGAGAGAAUGUGGAUGGAGUGAUUGAAGCAGCCGAGUUGAUUUCUUGCUUGAAGAGGACAAUGUCUCGCGUUCUCAUCAUUAUCGUUUCUGUUGGAUAUGGGAUCGUAAAGCCGAGACUGGGGCAAACAUUGAGUCAGGUUGCCGGGGUUGGCUUUGUCUACUUUAUCUUCUGUGCCAUUGAGGGACUUGCCCGUGUUUCGAAGAACCACGCCGAAGCAGUCAAACAAAAACAAUUCGCCGCUCUCCCUUUGGUGAUCGUUGAGAUGACGAUUUUCUAUUGGAUCUUCACUUCACUAACUGGAACAAUGAGGACAUUGAAAAUGAGAAGAAAUGAAAUCAAACUCUCGGUUUAUCGCCACUUCACGAACACUCUCUGCUUUGCCGUGUUGGCUUCAGUGAUCUACAUGUGCUGGUCGCUUGCUUUCCACAUCUUCCCGAAUUGCUUGACCGAUUGGAAAGAGCUAUGGGUUGACACGGCAUUUUGGCAUGUGCUUUUCUGCUCAAUUCUAGUGGUGAUUGUGAUUCUAUGGAGACCGUCACAAAAUAAUCAACAAUAUGCAUUCACGCCACUUCUCGAUGAUUCAGAGGAUGAGAAUGAAGAUGAUGUUCUGAUUGGAAACAAUUUAUUGUUGGACGGGGUGAAGAUUCGGUCGACGGAUGAAGUGAAAGAGAGGAAAGAGCAACGAGAACAAAGGGAAAGGGAUAGCAAGUUGGAGGAAGAAUUGAAAUGGAUCGAGAACAACAUUCCGACCACACUCGCCGAGUCACUCUUGAUAGAUGACGAGGAUGACAAAGAGGCGAGAGAUCUCGAGAGGAGUAAAAUGCUU